UUAAUUUGUGUUAUCCAUAGGUGAAUAGGCGAUAAACUAUAAUAAUAAUAUUAUAUAAUAACAUAUUGUAUAAGUAAUAUAAGCCUAUGGAAAUGGCGCAGGCGACAGAUUACGGACAUCGAGAUUUUAUAUUUCACAACAAUAUACAUUAUAUCUAUUCUGUAGUAGUGAGUACAACUGAGUAGUCUAUGGUUUUAUGUUUUAUCAUUUAUCACGACCUCGCGUUAACCGUUGUUAGUUUUCCGUCGCACUCAAUAAUUUAUUUUAGGCUUUAAAUUAGUUUAGAAUGCACGAGUCCAGAAAUAUUGUGUAGUCCAGAGAUACUGUGUCCAAAAACUAAUUUCUGUCAAAAAUGGACAAAAUGGACGAAAAAAAAAGUUCUCAAACUAAAAGGAACAUAGUAAAACCAACAGAUAAUAAAAAGAAGGAUGUAAAGAAGAACCAAGUUAAAGAUAAGAAACAAGGAAAAAAAGAUAGACCGAGUGACGAUGAAGAUAACACAAAUCAAGGCGGUGAUCAAUCUUUUUGUGAAGAUCAAAAGGAUUCUAAAAAAAUUAUUUGUGAAAAAGAUUUGAAAUCAUUGAACAAUGAUGAUGAAGAAGGAUGGUGUGUACAAAGAAAUAACAAAAAAAAAACUAGUCACCAAAGUUUGAGUGAAGAACAAAAAUGUCAUAAAAAUGUUCCAGAGAAGAGCAAAUUGUCUGAUUCCAAACAGAAUAAAACACAUGAUAAUAACAACAUUGAUUCACAUGAGGAUAAACAAAAAUCAGUAACUAAAAUGAGAAAAAGACGGAAGGAUAAAAAAAAAAUAAGUCAAGAGCAAAACGAUAUUUCUGACAUGGAUUUGACCAUAGAUGAUAAAUUUAAUCAGACAAAAGUACAUGAUGGAAACAACAUUAAUGUGCAUGAAGAAAAUACACUACAUUUAUCAAAUGAUGAUUCAGCAGGACGGAGGGAUAAAAAAAAAAAAAAAAAUAGUCAAAAGCAUAACGAUAUUUCUAACAUAGAUUCAUCCAUUAAUGAUACAUUUAAUGAGAUAAAAGUACAUGAUGGAAACAACAUUAAUGUGCAUGAAGAAAAUACACUACAUUUAUCUGUAAAUAAUGAUUCAAAAGGAUGGAUGGAUGAAAAAAAAAACAAAAAAACAAGCUGUCAAAGUUUGAGUAAAGAACAAAAAAGUCAUAAAAAUGUUCAAAAGCAAAACAAAUGGUCUGAGAAAGAUUCCAUUCAUGACAAUAUGAAACAAGCACAUGAUAGAAAAAAAAUUGAUUGGCCUAAGAAUACACGCAAAUCAGAGGAAGUAGAAAGACCGAGGGAUAAAUACAAAAAUAACAAUGGUCAAAAGCAAAGCAGAUUUUCUGAUGCAUGUGUUUUAGAGGAAAUAGAUGAAGACAUUUUCAAAUUAUCAAAGGAAUAUUCUCUUGCUCAUUGUGUUGCUGAAGACUUACGAAUGGGUGCGGGCAUAGCUGUUGAUUUCAAAAAUAUCUUUGGUGGUGUUGGUAAACUAGUUGAUCAGAAAUUAAAAAUAGGAGAUGUUGGUAUAGUUAAGCGCCACGAUCAAUAUGCAUUUUAUUUGGUAACAAAAAAAACUAGUAAUGGUAAACCUACAAUGAUUACAAUGGAAAAAGCUCUCCAUUCACUUUUAAACAAGAUGAAAGAAAACAAUUUAACAAAAUUAGGAAUACCAACAAUUGGUUGUGGAUUGGAUAGACUUGAUUGGUCUGAUACAAAAUCGCUCAUAAAUAAAAUAUUUUCUGGAUCUGGUAUUCACAUAACAGUAUGUGUACCUUCAAAAUUAUUAGAUUCGAAAAAAACGCCGAGAUUAACAGUUUACAUUACACCAAAACAUUUAUGGGAGAUGGAAACCGAAACUAUUAUUAUUUUAUUUAUUGACAUAGAAAAAACAUGCAACAAGAAUUGGACAGAUCAUAUAAUGGAUAAAGUUGACGCCAAAUACCCAUUCAAAGAAAAUUUAUUAAAAGAUAUCAGAAAUAAGAAGCCUGACCCUGGUGACAUAAAAAACUACAAUGUUAAGAACGAAGUUAUAAUUUGUAUAUUUACCACUGAAAAUACAUAUUACGGUUCUCUAGAAAAUGGAUUUAAGACCAUAGAUCAUAACUUCAAAGGAUAUAAGUAUUUGGCUAUUCAAAGUGACCCUAUUGAUUACCCUAGCGACAACUUUCAACGUAUAUCAUGGAUAGUAUUAAUAUCUCGUUCGGUUAUUCACUCUUCUGAAUUAUGGUUAUGUGGUGAUGUCAAACAAAAUAAUUACAAGGUGUAUUAUGAUGAAUAUUGUAAAAAUGUACUCUCUAUGAAUAAUUCAUUUCAAUAUAAUUCUCCAAUUCAAAAAUACAACAGAUAUAAUGAUGAUCGUCGUAGUAAUUUUAAUACAAAAGAAACAAGUAAUCAACGAUGAGGGUGUCAAAAUAGUUUCUAUAUAAACAGAUGCAUAAAUCCAUACGGUCACCUGAAUAAUAAAACUACUAGGACAUAUUGAACAUGUGAUACUUGUAUAAUCUGUUAAAAUAAAUAUGUCAUUAUUUCCAAUUAGUCAACAUAAUCUUUUACUUGAAGUAGUUAUUUAUAUUUAAUGUUUCAAAUGUUUUAUAAUCCUACUGUAAAAAAUUUAUUUUGUAAUGUAUUAAAUACAAUAAUUAUAAUAUGUUUUGUACUUGAAUAUCUAUUGAAAGUUACAUUAUAUAAUAAAAUACAUUAUGUUUAUUAAUAAAUGUUCUUAUUUAAUA